CCCAGCACACGCACCAUGGCCAGCGAGAACGCCCCUGCUCCCCGUCGGACCCUGACCGCUCUGCAGAGCGGCAUUGUCGGCGCCUUCGCCGGCACCACUGAGGUCCUGAUCAACCAGCCCUUCGUCGGUUGGAAGAACGCCGUCCAGCAGAGCACCAAGAUCGACUGGCGCCCCAACUUCCUGUACCGCGGUGUUGUCAUCAACUCCGCCAGUAUUGCCCCGAUUACCGCCGUCCAGUUCGGUGUCAAUGGCUUCCUCACUCCCAUCCUCCGCGGCAACAAGGCCGAGGCCAGCAGCGGCGACCGCCUGCUCGCGGCCCUGGUGGCUGGUGGCGCGUCGGCCGUUGUCAGCACCCCGGCCGAGCUGGUCAUGAUCCAGCAGCAGAACACCGGCAAGGCGCUCUUUGAGACGGCUAAGAUCGUCAUGCGCGAGCAUGGUGCCCGUAUUUUCUACAAGGGCCUCGUCCCGACUGCCGUCCGUGAGAGUGUUUUCACCUGCGGCUACCUUGGCCUCGCCCCGGUCCUCAAUGAGAUGCUCCUCAAGACCACCCUCGGCAACAGCGACCCCGGUCGCCUGACCGCCCUGGUGACUGCGUCCAUCGUCGCCGGCCAGAUCGCCGCCUUCGUCACCCAGCCCUUCGACUCGGUCAAGACCCGCAUGCAGGGCGACAUCGGCGCCGUGGGCCGCCCCGCUCGCUACACCACUCUCGCCAAGAGCUUCUCCCUCAUGACCAAGGAGCUUGGUGUGCGCGGCCUCUACGCCGGCAUCAUUCCCCGUGGUCUGCGUAUGGUCUCGGCCGUCUUCGUCUUCCAGAUCUUUGGCCGCCUCUAUGAGGACCUUCUGUUCCCCCAGUAAGGGCGGGGCCAUGUGGCCCGGGUGCAGUCGCGCUGUGGCACAGCGAGCGGCGCGCCCUUGCCAUGUUGCCGCCAUUGCAGCAAUCACCCCCCCCCCUCUCUUCCCCUCAAUCUCGGCAUCCGUAUACACACAUACAGACACGCGUGGAUGCAUACACGUGUGUGAGUGUGCAUGUGCGUGUGCGCGCACACACGUCCCCUUUCUCCCCCCCUUUCCCCAAUAUACAUACAUAUACAUACACAUA